UGCUAUGGAGCCUGUGCGGUUUAUUCACCAUCCCCGCACGCCCUUGUAUCGUGCACCGGACACAGCCAGACAGGGUGACUGGGCACACAGGCAGCACUUUCCCCAUAGCCGCUGCUGGCAUCCGCAGGGUGCAGGGACAUGUACGGCCGGCGUGUCACAUUGCUGCCCCCGCACUACCACCUAUGUAUAGAACACCGGAGCCGUGUGGCCAGUGCGCCCUGUAGGCCAGGCCAUGUGGGUGUUCUCUCUCUCCGCUACUGUGAGCCGCUGCCGCCCCCUCCCCCGGCCACUCUGCCCAGCUCAUCGCACACGUACAGCGGCUCCGGGGACGAGUGGUCACCGCCCCUUACAGCCCCCUUGUCAUGUCACGCUGACCCGCAUCCCGCCCCGGUCUUUCCCGCAGCGCAUUGGUUGGCUCCCCAGGACACCCGCCGCCGCUCAGGCCUGCGCUCCUUUCUUCCCAUGUAAACACCACACAAAGGGGCGUGGCGUAAGGGCGUUCUUCGUUUUCAUAUUACACGCCCAUCUCCGGCUACUAACCAAUAGCGAUGGAAGAGGGCGAGGCAUGCUGGUGGUUGAAGUAGAAUAGUGGGCGGGAUCUCCUUCCAUUGACGGCCAUUUUCCGCUCGCGCCUGCCUGUUGGAGCCUCGGGUCGGGGGCGUGGCGUACUGCCCCGCCCAUUGCUCCUCCUUGAUGUGGGUUAUCUCUGUAGAUAAUUGGUUUCCGUCCAUGAUGGGCGUAAGACCUUAACCAAUAAGCUGUCGCGCACUGUGCGGGGUGUUGGAGGCGGGAUUUCCCCUGUGACAGAGAGGAGCGGGUGGACGCUUACCGGAGACCGGAACCGAGCGCAUAACCCCAUAGCAAGGUACAUCACUGGCGCCUGACUAUGUUCUCAGGAUGAAGCGCCGACUGGAUGAACCAGAGGUAGCAACCUAUCCCCAGCCUCGCAGAAUCACUGAAACAUUCACCCAUCAACACCGUGUUCUAGCCCCAGCACCUCCUGCAUAUGAACCACAGUCUGAUGCCAUGCAGCCCGCAGCGGGCAUCCAGUACUCUGUAACCCCUGGAUAUCAGGUGUCGGCCGUGCCUCAAAGCUCUGGCAGUCACGGACCAGCGGCACUUGCUGCAGUACAUGGGGCUCACCAUCACAGCACCCCUGUGCCAGGCCACGGAGCUCCUAGCGUGCAAAGUCAUGCACAUUCAACUUCACCUGCUGCACCUGCCCAGGGCCAACAAUUCCAGAGAUUAAAGGUGGAGGAUGCACUUUCUUACCUGGAUCAGGUGAAGCUGCAAUUUGGCAGCCAACCCCAGGUGUACAAUGAUUUCCUUGACAUUAUGAAGGAGUUCAAAUCUCAAAGUAUUGACACUCCAGGAGUCAUCAGUCGGGUUUCCCAGCUUUUCAAAGGGCAUCCGGAUCUAAUCAUGGGUUUUAAUACCUUUUUACCCCCUGGAUAUAAAAUCGAGGUGCAAACAAAUGACCUAGUAAAUGUCACAACACCUGGACAGGUCCAUCAGAUCACAACCCAUGGUCUUCAGCCCCCUGUCCCACUGGUUCCUCCACCUUCACAACCGUCCACCCAGGCAGCUCCUCCUCCUGCCCACCCAACCCCUCCUCCUGCCCCAGCAAAGAUCAAUAAGCCGGUUCCUUCACAGGCACAUACGCCAACAAACCAACAGAGCACACCAAUUCAGUACCCGUCUCCCCGCUCUCCACCAGCACAGCCACACACACCAGGACCGCUAGCACAUGCCACCCCUACAGCAGCGGCUGCAACUCCUACCAUGCAAAAUAACCAGCCUGUUGAGUUCAAUCAUGCCAUCAAUUAUGUGAAUAAAAUAAAGAAUCGUUUCCAAGGCCAGCCGGACAUUUACAAGGCCUUUUUAGAGAUCCUGCACACUUACCAGACAGCUAAAAAGCGCUCUUCAAGCACACACUGGUCACAGAAGAUGCGUAUGAUCCAUGACGCUUCAAAAUUCAGUGACCCAGACAAAUACGGCUUAUCGAGUCUCUGUCUCCCAAAUGUCCAGAAGGAACAGCGUAAUGCUAAGGAAGCAGGGGGAAAUUACACCCCAGCCUUGACAGAGCAGGAGGUCUAUGCCCAAGUUGCUCGACUCUUUAAGAACCAGGAAGAUCUGUUGUCAGAAUUUGGACAGUUCCUUCCUGAUGCCAACAGUUCUGUGCUUUUAAGCAAAACCACAGCAGAAAAGGUGGAGUCUGUGAGGAAUGACCACGGAGGCACUGUGAAAAAACCUCAGCUGAACAAUAAGCAGCAGAGACCCAGUCAGAAUGGUUGUCAGAUACGUCGGCACUCAGGACCGGGGGCCACGCCUCCUGUGAAGAAGAAACCCAAAAUACUCAUCCCGAAGGAUCAAUCCUUGACUGAUGCAAACAAACAUGGUGCUGGGGCAGAGUCUCAGUUCUUUGAUAAGGUCCGCAAAGCACUACGGAGUACAGAAGCAUAUGACAAUUUCCUGCGAUGUUUAGUGAUCUUUAACCAGGAGGUCAUAUCCCGGCCAGAACUUGUUCAGUUGGUUUCUCCUUUUCUUGCUAAGUUUCCAGAGUUGUUCACCUGGUUUAAAAAUUUCUUGGGUUACAAAGAGUCUUCGCACAUGGAAAGCUUCCCAAAAGAGCGGAAUACAGAAGGCAUUGCGAUGGAAAUUGAUUAUGCUUCAUGCAAACGUUUGGGCUCCAGUUACAGAGCGCUACCCAAAAGUUUCCAACAGCCCAAGUGUACAGGAAGAACCCCGCUCUGCAAAGAGGUCCUGAAUGAUACAUGGGUAUCUUUUCCGUCAUGGUCAGAGGACUCCACCUUUGUCAGUUCUAAAAAGACCCAAUAUGAAGAGCACAUUUAUCGUUGUGAAGAUGAGCGGUUUGAGCUGGAUGUUGUGCUAGAGACCAAUCUAGCAACUAUCCGUGUGCUAGAGUCCAUUCAGAAGAAGCUGUCACGGCUAUCUGCUGAGGACCAGGCUAAAUUUCGUUUGGACAACACUUUAGGAGGAACCUCAGAAGUCAUUCAUCGCAAGGCUCUUCAAAGGAUAUAUGCAGACAAGGCUGCUGAUAUUAUAGAUGGCUUGAAGAAAAACCCAGCUGUUGCUGUCCCAAUUGUGCUGAAAAGGUUGAAAAUGAAGGAAGAGGAAUGGAGGGAAGCCCAGCGAGGCUUCAAUAAGAUAUGGCGAGAACAGAAUGAAAAGUACUACCUGAAAUCGCUAGAUCACCAGGGGAUAAACUAUAAACAGAUUGACACAAAGGUCCUUCGCUCGAAGAGUCUGCUCAAUGAAAUUGAGAGCAUAUAUGAUGAGCGACAAGAGCAAGCGUCAGAAGACAAUUUGGGAGUCCCCACAGGCCCUCACCUCAACCUGACAUAUGAGGACAGACAGAUACUGGAGGAUGCAGCUUCUCUUAUUAUUCACCAUGUGAAGCGACAGACUGGUAUCCAAAAAGAGGACAAGUACAAGAUCAAACAAAUUGUUUACCAUUUUAUCCCAGACUUGCUCUUCUCCCAGCGAGGAGAGUUAUCUGACGUUGAAGAGGAGGAAGAGGAAGAGACAGUUGAAACAGAAGACGGGAUUACCAAGAAACACAAUGGCGUGGGGGGAGGUGGUGGCAGCAGCCCACCAAAAGCCAAGCUCAUGUUUGGGAACACUGCAGCGCAGAAAUUUAGGGCCAUCGAGGAUGCGUACAACUUGUUCUAUGUUAACAAUAACUGGUACAUCUUCCUGCGCUUGCACCAGAUACUCUGCUCUCGCCUCCUGCGCAUUUACAACCAAGCAGAAAAGCAAGUUGAAGAGGAGAUGCGAGAAAGAGAGUGGGAAAGAGAAGUGCUGGGUCUGAAGAGGGAUAAGAAUGACAGUCCUGCCAUCCAGCUGCGGCUCAAAGAGCCAAUGGACAUUGAAGCUGUAGAUUACUAUCCAGCAUUCCUAGAUAUGGUUCGUAACCUGCUGGACGGGAAUAUGGACUCAAACCAAUAUGAAGACUCCUUGCGGGAGAUGUUCACCAUCCAUGCCUUUAUUGCCUUUACUAUGGACAAGCUGGUACAAAGCAUAGUCAGACAGCUCCAGCACAUAGUCAGUGAUGAAAUCUGUGUGCAGGUGACAGAUCUCUACCUCUCUGAGAGCGGCUGCAAUGCUACAGGGGGUUUACUGGGUACCCAAGCAUCCCGCAGCCUUGGUGAGGCCAACUACCAGCGGAAGGCUGAACAGCUGAUGGCUGAUGAGAAUUGUUUUAAGUUGCUGUUCUCCCAGAGUUGUGGCCAGGUGCAAUUAACAAUUGAGCUGCUGGAUACUGAGGAAGAAAACUCAGAUGACCCAGCGGAGACCGAGCGCUGGUCGGACUAUGUGGAAAGAUACAUGAACUGUGACUCUACUUCCCCAGAGCUGAGAGAGCAUCUCGCACAGAAACCUGUUUUCUUACCCAGGAAUCUUCGCAGAAUCCGGAAGUGCCAGAGAGGUCGAGAACAACAGGAGAAAGAAGGGAAUGGGAAGAGGACGCUGGAGAAUCUAGAGAGUCUGGACAAGCUGCAGUGCAAAUUCAAGCUGAACUCUUACAAGAUGGUAUAUGUCAUCAAAUCCGAGGACUACAUGUACCGCCGCACUGCCUUACUGAGGGCACAGGAGUCCCAUGAGCGGGUCAGUAAACGAUUACACCAGCGCUUCCAAUCGUGGCUGAGCAAGUGGAAUCUGGAGCAUGUGAGCCGGGAGAUGGCAACGGAUACAAGAAAGUGGCUAAUGGGAGAGGGAGUGGAUGGAAUGGUACCCUGUGCCACCACCCGGGACCCUGAGACCCUACACUUUGUGGAUAUCUACAAGUAUCGAGUAAAAUAUGGACCUUCCUUUAAAACCCCAUAAAGAUGGAAGACAUCCAGCCCUUCCGUGCUGAUCUGACUUGUUUUGAAGCUCUUGAUCUUUUGUCUAAACCAGCAGGAUCAUUUACAGAGUACUGACUGGGCCUAACCCUCACUUAGAGGUUUAUUAAUCUCUUCUGCUGCCAGAGGAGUUGCUGCAAGCCCCACCUGACAGAAAUAUUGGUUUAGUGUUACUGAAAUCUCCUCCUGCCAACCUGCCCACCAGUUAGUCUUAGCAGACCUUCCUUCACCCAUGGUGUGUAAAUACAAGUGUGUAAAUAACAUUAACAAAGGUCCUCCCAUACA